AUAUUUUUUACAUUAACUCCUCAUUUCGAAGCGUUUAUGGUUGAUAAUGGGUUUAUCACCUUCGUCUUCUUCCCUUCAGUCGUCGAUGGCCAAAAACGCAGCAUUACUUGUUAAAAAUGCAGAUUGAUAACACUGACACACAACUUCUUCACCGUUGAGAAACAAGACAAUAUUUGUGGCUAUAAAAUUUGGUUUUUAAGGUUGUUAAUUCCUGUCUACUAAAAUGGCUUCCACAAUUUUCAGAAGCCUUCAAGUUCACUCCUUUCUGCUUUACCCAUCAACAUUACUCAGACGAAGAAAUGGGGUUUUUCACUUCACAACCAAAGCCACACAAUCCCAAACAGACACCCAACAGAGACAACAACCACAACCACAAACCAAGGUUUCAACUAGCACACAGUCCAAAAAGCUUGAUAAAAUCCCGAAAGACUAUGAAGCUAUCAUUGGCAUCGAAACGCACGUUCAGCUCUCAACUCUUACCAAAGCCUUUUGUGGUUGCCCUUACAAUUAUGGGUCUCAUCCAAAUAGUAGCAUUUGUCCCAUUUGCAUGGGUUUGCCUGGUGCUUUGCCUGUUCUGAAUUCCAAGGUCAUUGAAUUUGCUGUGAAGUUAGGGCUUGCUCUUAAUUGCAACUUGGCUUUCAAUUCCAAGUUUGAUAGGAAGCAGUAUUUCUACCCUGAUCUUCCAAAGGGGUAUCAGAUUUCUCAGUUUGAUGUGCCAAUUGCCUCUGCUGGUUAUCUUGAUGUGGAUAUUCCUGUUGAGUUUGGUGGAGGCCACAAGAGGUUUGGCAUUACAAGGGUUCACAUGGAAGAGGAUGCUGGGAAGCUCUUACAUACAGAAAAUGGAAAUUACUCACAGGUUGAUUUAAAUAGGGCUGGGGUGCCUUUGCUUGAGAUUGUUUCUGAGCCUGAUAUGAGAAAUGGUAUCGAAGCAGCAGAAUAUGCAGCAGAAUUACAGAGGUUGGUUCGGUAUUUGGGAGUGAGCAAUGGCAAUAUGCAAGAAGGUUCUCUUCGUUGCGAUGUAAAUGUAUCAAUACGGCCCAUUGGGCAAACGAGGUUUGGAACAAAGGUUGAAAUAAAAAAUUUGAACUCCUUUGCAUCAGUGAGCAGAGCUAUUGAUUUUGAAAUUUCAAGGCAGGUGCAACUCCAUAGUCAAGGCCAAGAAGAUCAGAUAGUACAAGAAACUCGUCUAUGGGAAGAAGGCUCUCAGAGAACAAUUACAAUGAGGAAAAAGGAAGGGCUUGCUGAUUAUCGAUAUUUUCCAGAACCAGACCUUCCAGCAGUAAUCCUUUCUCAAGAAUAUGUUAAUGGUAUAAAAAAUUCUUUACCUGAGCUUCCAGAGAUUAAGCGUAGAAGAUAUGAGCAGAUGGGCUUAAGCAUGCAAGAUGUUCUUUUCCUGGCUAAUGAUAAAAAUAUUGCAGGAUUUUUUGAUGCUACUCUUGCAAGGGGUGCUGAUCCAAAGCUUGUUGCCAACUGGAUAAUGAGCGAUAUUGCUGCCUUCAUGAAGAAUGAAAAAUUGACCAUAAAUGAAAUAAAGCUUACACCUGAAGAGUUGUCUGAGUUGAUAGCUUCCAUUAAAGGAGGAAUCAUCAGUGGCAAGAUUGGGAAGGAGAUACUAUUUGAGCUAUUAGCCAAGGGUGGAAGUGUUAAGGAACUCAUAGAGAAAAAGGACUUGGUUCAGAUAGUAGAUCCUGUUGAGAUUGAAAAAAUGGUGGACAAAGUGAUUGCAGAGAAUCCCAAACAGGUAGAGCAAUUUCGAGGAGGCAAAACUAAACUACAGGGUUUUUUUGCUGGCCAGGUGAUGAAAUUAUCUAAAGGCAAGGCAAACCCAGGUCUCCUAAACAAGAUCCUCUUGGAGAAAUUGAAUUCAAAGAACUGAUGCUUAUAGAUUGUUAUCUACUUGCUAAUUUUGUCAUGCAUUUCCGAUUGAAUACUGGCUUCUUGCUGGGUUGAUCAUAAGUGCUGAUCCUUGAUAAUCUGUUUCCAGCCAUUAGACAAAUUGCAAAUGAAAAAUAAGGGUGAAAUAUUACUGUGGUGCCAAUUGCUAGCCAAAAUGAUUGGUUCUAUUGGCUAAAUGUUUUAGCUUAUUUUAGAAAUAAACCUUGUAUAUUUUGAGUUCUAGAAGUGCUGAACAUUUCCACUUCAGCUGUUGAGACUGCAAUCAUGUCCUUAUUUUCUUGUGUGGAGGACAUAAGCAUUAUAUUAAAAGGAGAAGUAGCUUUCCAAAGGAUGUGAUUUACAUUUACAUCCCCAUUAAAUUUAUGACCUUAAAAGUUUCUUGAUGCAUCUCGUGUAUUUGGAUUAUAUAAUGAGUAUUUUGUGUUCCUUCUCUUGCCAAAACAAUAACAUGAGAGCAAAUGUAUUUGGCUUUGUUUGUUAUUGGGUACAAUACAUAGAUUGAUUGAUUUACCCCAAUAAUUUAGAUUAUGUAACGAGUAUUUUAUGUUUCCUCUCUUGCCAAAACGAUAACGAGAGCAAUGUAUUUGGAUGCUUGUUUGUUUUUACAUUAGAGCAAAUGUAUUUGGAUGC